AUGCCAGCUCCACUAGCCAAAGGCGCCUUCAUUGCGGCGUCGAUCAUCGUAGCCGCCGGCAUUGCCGUCUACCAGAACCCGCAGGUCCAGCGGUGGAUUGAUGCCAGACGCCGCAAAAUCGCCAUCGCCCUGCAUAGCCUCGGCGACGAAAUCAACCCCUCGCCCUCCCGCAACAACCGGAACGCCCACGAAGCCGACGAGCAGCGCCGACGCCGCGAAUCCAUCAUCCGACGCAACAGGAACGACCUCGUACGACGAGCCCGGGAAGAAGGCGUGGCGGUCGACUUGGACGAGCUCGCUCGCAUCGGAGAUGAGUACGACGAGAAACACAACCGGCCGCGAGGCCAGAGCUUCGACGACAUGGUCAACGAGCACGGCGUGCUCCGCGAGUCAGUAUCGGGCGCCACGCUGAACGAGAAGCCCGCCGCCGCCGCCGCCGCCACCGCCGUAGACAGUAGCGCGGCGCAAGGCUUGAGGAGCCGCGGCUCCGGUGCUCGUGGAUUUGCGACCGGCUCUUCCUAUGCUGAUCCCUUCGCCGACGAGUGUUCUGUUCUGUUCGACCGCGACCUGAUCGGUGCCGAGGAUAACUCGGUCGAUGGAGACAAUGACGAGGAAGCGCCCGUGCCCCACGACUUCACCACCCCAUCUCGCGAGAGUACCGCCACCGUCGAAGCCGAGCCCGCACCGCAACUGGUUGAUCUUUUCGAACCCUUCUCCGCUCCGUUCCAGCAGUCACAGCUUGCCCCGCCCGCCGAGGCUGAGGACGCCACAGCCUCGUUCUACUCCACCAUGUCGGGUCCUGCGGCCGAUGCCGGCAACGACGCUGAUAUGGAUGAUGACGAAAUGGUUGAAAGCACCGGUACUUUGACGCCUACCGAGGACAACUUCUCGACCGAUGCCUCCCUCGUGGGCCAUGGGGCCGAUGACAUCGCUAUUCUAUCUAGUCUGCAGCAGAGCCUGUCCUCUGCCGGAGAGGGCGACGCCAACACCAAUCCAUUCGACAACAAUGCUGGCUUCGAGGAGGAUGACCGCUUCAGUGAAGACAGCUUUUCCGACGUUGGCACCCGCACGCCCAACAGCUGGACCGAUGUCGGCAGCGACUUUGAGAGCGAGACGGGUAGCCAGGCUGGCCACUAG